AUGGUUUCAUUCUCUCCGAAUACCUAUUUACGCUCAUUAUUCCAAGACCCACUGGCCCUGCUCACUUCUGCGCUGGCUACAAGCUCUGUGGCCACCAGGGGCAAUGUGCCAUCUUGUCCCAUAGACACGCCAUGGAGUUGUUCGAAUGACACUGUUGUCGGCGAUCUCUGUUGCUUUGAGUACCCUGGUGGAGUUGUGUUGCAAACGCAGUUCUGGGACUACAACCCUGCGAUUGGCCCAGACGAUAAGUGGACUGCGCAUGGACUGUGGCCGGAUAACUGCGAUGGCUCGUUUGAACAGUUCUGCGACCCGUCGUUAGAGGUUCACGAUAUUGCUUCUAUUAUCGAGGAGCACGAUCCGGCACUCUUGAAGGAGAUGUACGGCUUAUGGAAGGAUUUCCGUGGUGACGAUGCAAAUCUGUGGAAGCAUGAAUGGAACAAGCACGGUACAUGCUAUACAACGUUGAAGCCAACCUGCUACGGUGGCUCCAUAGAGAAGAACAAGAACGUCUUUGACUACUUCAACAUCACCAUGAACCUCUACAGACAACUUCCAACAUAUGAUUGGCUUGCAGAUGCUGGUAUUGUGCCAUCGGAAACAAAGACCUAUAGCAAGGAGGAGAUUCUCUCUGUGCUGAAAGAGAGAUCUGGUGCGGAGCCUUAUAUCAGAUGCGAUUAUAAAAACGCGUUCCAAGAAGUCUGGUACUUCCAUCACUUGAAGGGCUCUCUAUUGGGUGAAAACUUCACCCCUAUUGAUACGUUGACUAAUUCCAGAUGUGGUGCAACAGGCAUCAGAUACAUGCCAAAGGGUUCGUCAAUCACCACUUCGUUAUCACCUACUCGUACAUAUCCACAACCACAACCUACUGGCGACAAGAAUGCAGGAUUCCUUGUUCUCUCUGGUCAGCCUGGGUGUCUCAUCAAGAGUGGUAAAUGGUAUGUCAGUGGAACGUGUGCCACGUACAGACUCACACAGCUAACCACGGGCUCAUACACUCUGAAGAACAACGCAGGUUUGUGCACUUUAAAAGACAACACGUUCCAUUGUGGUGCAGACGUGAAGUCACCUUUCGAAUUCGACUAUGACGAAGAAUCAAAGGUCUUGAGUGCCAAUGGAGUGGAUACUUUUAGCGCAGAUAAAGUACCAACAAGGUUUGAGCAGGUGGACAUCAGCAAAGGACCAGGGAACGUUGAAUUCCAACUGAGAUGGAAGCCUAGAUGGUGA